UCCUCUGCCUGUAUUUCUUCUUCUAAAAUGUGUUUGGGACGUUCCUGGGCGAGAGGCUCUUUUCUGUGCGGGGAGGGGAGGGUGUGGGUGUCGACGAAGCCUGUGAGGGAUCAGUUUUCAGCAGAGCGUUUGUAGCUAGCUACUGCAAUUGGGGAGGUGAAGAAGCACAAGUACAGCGAAAGGGCAGAACUAGCCUACAGGGCUUGUUGAAAAACCAGAGACAACCUUGGAAUUGCUUUUCCUCGAUGGGGAUAGCCAAAGUUCACAAAGCGGACGAAAAGCGACACGAAGUCCGUAUGUAUUCUGUUCGACCCGUAAGUAACCUAGAUAGGUGGCCGAAGUUUGGUACUCGGACCGAGUGGACAGAGCAGAACUCAGAAGACGGAGGAGUAGACUUCUUCGAUUGCAAAUACAGGACCACAGCAAAGAUUAUAAGACAAAAUCUGCUGUGUUACUUUUAGCUACUUAAUAUUUAAGAAAAAUAUACACCAAGUCUGUUUACAGGACGUUGCAUCAGACCCUUGGAAAUAUAAACGCUGUAGCCAACUGAGCUGGCCAUAUGGACAAUUUACUGAAAACCCGUCUUGUAGCCUACCUGUACACGCUGUGAGCUAUGAGGCUUUAAAGUAAGCGCACAAGACUUCUGUGACGGCUGCAACUGGAUUCAACACGGAUUCAGGCGGGUGAGCGGCGAAUCCUUGUCGUUGCUCAGUGAGAUGGGUGGAGAUAUUACUGAUGCUAGGGUACACGUACCCUUCCCAAAAACCCUCUACACCAGCAUCCACAAAGCACAGGUGGAUGACAAAGUCAAAUUCGUACACGCUUCCAUUGAUCAGAUCAUCAAACUGUUUGAUGGGAAUUUGGAUGCUGUGACAUGGAACAGGCUGAAGCUGGAGCAUUUUCUCAUUAUCCUUGACCGCCAGUCUCGCGAACUUCAGAAAUGUGUUUCUUCUGCGAGCAAAUAUGAGAAGAGACUGAAUCGAUACUUCAGGAAGUUAAAAAAGAAUAUCUUAAAGCAGAGGAAGUACGACGCACAUUCAUGGGAACUCAUCAGAAAAGAAGUAUUACGUCAUCUUCAAAGGCUGGACCUCAUUAUGGCUGCAACGAAGACAUCAGUGAAUCCUACAGGGCUUGUUGAAAAACCAGAGACAACCUUGGAAUUGCUUUUCCUCGAAGGGGAUAGCCAAAGUUCACAAAGCGGACGAAAAGCGACACGAAGUCCCGCACAAGACUUCUGUGACGGCUGCAACUGGAUUCAACACGGAUUCAGGCGGGUGAGCGGCGAAUCCUUGUCGUUGCUCAGUGAGAUGGGUGGAGAUAUUACUGAUGCUAGGGUACACGUACCCUUCCCAAAAACCCUCUACACCAGCAUCCACAAAGCACAGGUGGAUGACAAAGUGAAAUUCCUGCACGAGUUCAUUGAUCAGAUCAUCAAACUGUUUGAUGGGAAUUUGGAUGCUGUGACAUGGAACAGGCUGAAACUGACACAUUUUCGCGCUGCCCUUCACCGCCAGUCUGGCGAACUUCAGAAAUGUGUUUCUUCUGCAAGUAAAUAUGAGAAGAGACUGAAUCGAUACUUCAGAAAGUUGAAAAAGAAUGUCUUAAAGCAGAAGAAGUACGACGCACAUUCAUGGGAACUCAUCAGAAGAGAAGUACUUCGUCAUCUUAAAAUGCUGGACCUAAUUUCGGCUGCAAUGAAGGCACCAGUGAAUUAAUUCCUGAAGCACGCUUUGUCUUAGAAAGACUUUGCAUAUGAUGGGAUCACAAUAUUACAUACAGUAUUUACUGCUAUUUCAAAGUGUAUUGUUUAUCUGUAAAUUUAUUUAUUUAUUUAUUUAUUUACUUAUUUAUUUAUUUAUUUAUAUGGUAAAAUGUAAUUGAAAAAGUUGAUGUUUUCAUAUUGUAAAUGUGACCGAAAUGAAUACCAAAAUAUUAAAUUAUAUUUA